AGCUCAUUCAUAUUCAUCGCAUCGUAGUUACAUUACAUACCAUCCACCAAACGAUCAAAGGAAGAUGGGAGCGAACAUGAUGUCGUGGUCGAUGCAGGUGGCGUUGGUGGUGGCGCUGGCGUUUCUGGUGGGCGGCGCAUGGUGCGGUCCUCCCAAGGUUGCCCCGGGCAAGAACAUCACGGCCACCUACGGCAGCGACUGGCUGGAAGCGAAGGCAACAUGGUACGGUAAGCCAACAGGCGCCGGCCCCGACGACAACGGCGGCGCAUGUGGUUACAAGGAUGUGAACAAGGCCCCCUUCAACAGCAUGGGCGCGUGCGGCAACCUCCCCAUCUUCAAGGACGGCCUCGGCUGCGGCUCCUGCUUUGAGAUCAAGUGUGACAAGCCGGCCGAGUGCUCCGGCGAGGCCGUGGUGGUGCACAUCACGGACAUGAACUACGAGCAAAUCGCCGCCUACCACUUCGACCUGGCCGGCACGGCGUUCGGCGCCAUGGCCAAGAAGGGCGAGGAGGAGAAGCUGCGCAAGGCGGGCAUCAUCGACAUGAAGUUCCGCCGGGUCAAGUGCAAGUACGGUGAAAAGGUCACCUUCCACGUGGAGAAGGGGAGCAACCCCAACUACCUGGCUCUGUUGGUCAAGUACGUCGACGGCGACGGUGACGUUGUGGGGGUGGACAUCAAGGAGAAGGGUGGCGACGCGUACCAGCCCCUCAAGCACUCCUGGGGCGCUAUCUGGAGGAAGGACAGCGACAAGCCAAUCAAGUUUCCCGUCACCGUCCAAAUCACCACCGAGGGAGGCACCAAGACCGCCUACGAAGACGUCAUCCCCGAAGGCUGGAAGGCCGACACCACCUACACCGCCAAAUAAACUGUCCAACAGACCUAACGCUGCUCUGGGCUCGGUUGGAUUGGAUCCCAACUUCCCAAGCAAUGCAUUACACUUACGCAUGCAUCGAUCCAUGCACAAUAUCUAUUUUUUUACUGCUGCUACUGCUACGACAAUGUCCUCCUUUGUCCUCUCCAUAUAUAGCUAGAGUCAGGCUCCGCUCUCUUAUAUUAUUAUUAUAUAAGAUAAGAAAUAGGAGAGAGAGGAGAGAGAGACCGAGUACAUAAUAAGUGUCUAAUUAAAGAGAGAUUUGAGAGGCCUUUAUUUUGUAUAUAAUAAAGAAUCCAAGGAGUGAGGCAAACAGCAACAAAAAUGCGUUGUACUGUCCAUGGAUAACCAUGUAAUCUCAAUUAUACCAUGUCUACAUUUUAAUAGAAUACACACUUUUUAAUGAUUAAUUGAAAUUUAUGAUAA